CUCCCCUUUCCUUCGCCUCUCCGUCUCUCUCCCAUGAUCGCCGUCUUCCUCGCUUAAACCCUCCACGCUAAAAACCAAAACCUAAAACCCCCGUCGUUUUUUUCUUCGCCCCCAAGCCACGCCCCAGGGCGAUCGCCAUGUCGCGCGCCCCCCUCCUCCUCCGCCGCCUCCUCAACGGGAGCGGCGCCGCCGCCCGGGCCGCCCCCUCCUACACCUCCCGGCACGCCUCCUCCGCUCCCUCCUACUACGCUAACGCCGUCGCCUCGGCUGCGGCCGCCCAAGCGGAGGCAGCGGCGUCCGAGCCUGCGUCCGGCGCGGGCGAGCAGGGCUCCUCCGCACCGCCUCCCCCCGCGGCGCGCGGGCGGUGGGGACUGCUCAAGUUCGGCGCCCUCGCGGCGGUGGCUGGGGCCAUCGGCGGCGCCGGAUACUUCAGCUACGCGUAUUCGCUGGAGGAGGUGGAGCAGAAGACGCGGGAGUUCUGGAAGAACCCGGCACCUACCGUAGCGGAGGAUGCCUCUGGAUUCGAGAAGUUCAAGGCUAUGGCUUACUCGACAGCUAUGAAAGUUCCUGUUGCAGCAAUAGAGCUAUACCUGGAUAUUAGGAGCACAAUUGGAGACCAUGUCAGGGGCUUUACUGAACCCACAUCAGACAAACUGCUACCAGCUCUAUAUCCUCAAGAUUUGCAUAUCUUCACCCUAGUUCUUGAUCUGAAUGAAACUCUUGUCUACUCUGAUUGGCAGCGUGAGAGAGGAUGGAGAACUUUUAAGAGGCCAGGAGUUGAUGCAUUUUUGGAACACAUGGGAAAAUUUUAUGAAGUUGUUGUGUAUUCUGAUCAGACACCUAUGUAUGUUGACCCUGUGAUUGAUAGGCUGAACUCAAGUGGUGUCAUUAUACACAGGCUAUCGAGACCUGCAACUAAGUACUUGGAUGGAAAACAUUAUCGGGAUUUGUCAAAGUUGAACAGAAACCCUGCACAAGUUAUUUAUCUCAGCGCCCAUGCUCUUGAAUCUUGCUUGCAGCCUGAAAAUUGUGUUGAAAUCAAACCUUUUAAACUUGAAAACAAUGACACCCAAUUGCUAGAUCUCAUUCCUUUUCUUGAGUAUGUUGCCAUUGCUAGACCUUCUGACAUUAGGACAGUGCUUGCAUCCUAUCAAGGUUGUGAUGUUGCUGCUGAGUUUAUCGAGCGUUCAAAGGAACACCAGAGGCAUAUGCAAGAGCAAAACAAACGUGGACGUUUAUGGCGACGGUGAUGGAUUCUGGAAGCACAAUGCACCAAUUGAUUUGUGAAUCCUAGUUGUGUUUUUGAAUGAAGAACGUACGAAAUCUCCUGUUCGCAUCCCUAGUCAACCUGAUGGCUGCUACCAAGGUAUAUCUUGUAGUUUUGGCAGUUUAGGUUGCACCCUUUUGGCUGAUUUCAGCAUUCAUUCGAUUAGUUAGGCUGAAUGGCCAAUAUGUUGAGAUCAUGCGAUUCAAAUGUUGCUUUGAUGGAGUUGUCGGCACGUGUUUAGUACUGAAAACUGAAAUGCAGAUGUUCUUGGAUCAGUGGGUGGUCGUAGCAUCUUCCAUGAACUAUUUUUUUUGGAUCAUCCGGUUCAUCUGCUGGUGUUCUCACUUCUCAGUCUCAUGUUUGAAGGAAUAUAGAUUCGAAGGACAUUGUGUUCUGUUGAUAUGUAACGGUAAAUCGAUUAUGUGGAAAAACCUGAUAGCUUAAAAGUUGUUUUACUCCUUGA